GUAUUGAUUGACGAAUAUGGACUGAUUUUUGAUAAGGAUUUAUGUGUUUUGGCGGGUUGUUACACAUGGGAUUCGCAAGUAAAGCGAUUUUGUGAUGUCUACAGUCUGCAGCCAGUGUAGCCUACCGUUAGCGUUAGCUCGACAGUUUGCAGCAAGUAGGAAGGGCUUGGAUGUAGCGUUAGGGUGCAAGUUUUGAUGUUGUCAGUAUAAGUAGUAAGCUUUCUAUGAUGUACCCAACUUAAAUGCAACAAUAGCGAAAUGGAAUUACUCAAACCCAAAGUGCAUCUAGGUUAUUUGAUAGCCAAUUCAUCGCUGAUAGUGAGUUUUUCCAGUAGCACUAGGUCAGCAGUGCCCUUUGCUAACACGUCAGCUAGCGAAGCCAUCUAUGAACCCAACAAUAACGUUAGAAGACGGAGACGAGUUAUGGGAAAAUGUACUGUUUAUCUAGACAGUAUUGCACCGAAAUAACCGAGGUCCAUACGAUGAAUGGUGUUUGGAGACUACGAGACGGUGGAUGUGAUGCUAAUCGAGGCUUAGUCCAAAAUAGCCCCGUGUAAUGUUACUACGCCUCUCUGAAGUGUAGAGACUUUCCAUUCUGGGACUGCUGAGGCUCAAAGGAGUGUCUGACUGCGUUGGGUCUGAGAAGAGAUGGGCGCUAUAGUAUCCCGGUGGAGGGCUAAGCCCACCACUGUUGAAGUGUUAGAAGGCAUUGAUAAGGACAUACAGGCCUUUGAAGAAUACAGAGAAAAGAAUCAGAGACAGUUGAAGAUAUGGGUGGCAAGACUACUCCUCUACUCGGCCCUCCUCUACCUCAUCAGUUGUGUAGUUGUGUAUGUGUGGUACCUUCCAGAACAGAUGAUUGGAAGACUCAUCCUGGCACUGCCAUUUCUAGUGUUUCCAAUAUUAAUAUGGUUCCUGAGGAAACUCAUGAUCGCUUUGUUUUCUAAAAGAACGGAACGAAAUAAUGAGAAAUUAGAAGACCUUAAAUCACAAAAAAGAAAAAUACUUGAACAGGUGAUGGAAACAGAAACCUACAAAAAUGCUAAACUGAUUCUGGAAAGGUUCGAUCCAGACUCAAAGAAAAAACAGUAAUUGGAAUCUACGCCUCAUGGGCAACCUAUGACCCCAAGACCAGGCCAAGAGCUCCGUCAGAGAAAUGUCACUCCACGUUCAAUGCCUUUGGUGGCCCCCAGUCCUGGCCCUGCACGCCUUCCCCCCGUCGCACCGGCCGCUAAAUCCUCCAACGCAGCCCAUCACACGGCCCCUGGCGGCCCCCCAGAGAGAAACCUGGCUGCUGCGGCCGCCCAACAGACCUUCAUCAGAAGACCCAUGACCCCUGGAACUCCAGUGCCUGGUAUGGGCAUGCACCCCCCUGGUCCACCCCUUGCCAGACCCGUUCUCCCCCGAGAGAGGGGUGCCUUGGACAGGGUCAUUGAGUACUUUGUUGGGGAUGGUCCACAGAACAGAUAUGCCCUUAUAUGCCAGCAGUGCCUUUCGCAUAACGGCAUGGCAUUAAAAGAGGAAUUUGAAUACAUCGCGUUCCGUUGUGCCUACUGUUAUUUCUUGAAUCCGGCGAGGAAGACGCGUCCUCAGGCCCCACGCCUGCCCGAGCCCAGUGCUGAGAGGAGGAUGAUCGCUGACCCAGCCGCCAGCGCACCUGCAGCCCCCGUCGCCGAACCUGACCCCACCCCUGCUGCCACAGAGGAGAGCGAGAAGGCCGCCGCGGCUGAGUGUGAGGUCCCAGAGUCGGAGAAGCAGGAGUCCGCUCUCGAGGAGCCCGUCACAGAGGAGCCCGCUCCCGAGGAGUCCGCCAUGGAGGAGCCCACCACAGACACUCCACAAAGCCCAGAGCCAAAAGAUCCCCAGUCAGACAAAUCAGAUGAGGAACAUGAUGUGUCUGCCAUGGAGGUGGAGUGAAGAGGACGUCUACGACGCCUACGGAGGAAUUUUGUCAUGGUGUGUUUCCGUAUGAGGAAUGCCCGGUCCCAAGCAUUUUGCCCGCUCUCUAUUUUGGUGUAGUUGAGUUUUGUUUAAUUAAGUUCUCUUUUUGUUUUCUCUUUUACGUUCUUAAUUAUGGAUCAUCAAUGCUGUACGUGAUGCAGGAAGCGGUCACAAAUUCUGGAAAUGCCAACGGAAGUGUGAAAAGGGAUUGUAUGUAAAUAUUCAGAAAUAUUAGAGAUGGUGUUCAUGAGAAUAAAAAGUCUGUAUGAAAUAGUUCAAGUAGCCAAGCCCUCAGCUUCCAUACUGUUAUACACCUCUUCUGUUUUCACUGAAGUAGCAUUAACUAACCCUGGCAUGGACUGACCUGAGUGUUCACAUUCAGUAGCAAUAAGCACAGUUUUAGCAAUGAGUGAGUUUUUUUUUUCCUGAUGUCUGAAAGAGAAAAAAAUAAUCUCUCGCCAUGUUGGCACUGUUGUGUUUCAUGUUUGAAUGUAUAUUUUCUGUGUGCUAGUUUUCAUACAAUAAUGAAAUAUACACUUUCUGAUGUAAUGAUGAAUAUUUAUAAUAUUUAUAUAAGAUAUUUAGGUCUCUGGUACAGUGCCUUUCAUGGAAAGUAUUGAGUUGGUUUUAAACGGUCACCAACCACAUGUUUACAAUUCUGGUACACUCAUAGGAAUGUUUAGGGGUUAUUUAUUUCAUUCAAAGAAGCUGAUCAUGAUCUAGUGAACCAUAGUGCCUUUGUACUUUGCAUUUUUCUAGAUAAAGGAAGAUAUGUGAAGUAUGUUAUUUUUUUCAAACUGUAGCCAAUAUACUCGUGAAGAGAUAAAUGCCAUGGAUUGUCAAUAAAGUAUUUUUAAAAGA